AUGCAUUCAAAAAGUCCCGUUAUAUAUACAACCGAUACAUCAGCCGUUCCAGGGCAAUUUGGUGUUGAUUAUAGUACAUUGAAUUUGCCGAGAACGUCUGUGGUUUAUCCGCCAACUGGCUCACAUGUGCCACCCUCCUCCACCUUUACUCCACACCCUCCUGCACACCGCAUUGCUACAUCAUUGUAUACUGCUCCAGCAUACCAUUCAGAUGGUGGUGGUAUUACACAGUAUUGGACAACAACGACACAAUGGCAAACCAAUUGGCCGAGAGUCCCGAUUAUUUUAUUAGCCAUUGUGCAACUGUUUCUGACAAUCGGUGUUUUUGCAUUGGAAAUUCUUAAUAUUUAUUUUUAUGUCACAGCAUAUAUAUUUGAUGGUUAUGGCAUUACUCUACCAUCGGGAGCAUACGCCUACAAAUUUACAGGAAUAUGGUGUUCCGUUUUCUUCACUAUCACAUGGAUUUCCAUGAUGGCUUUGGGUGAAAUCUUGAAAAAGAAACCCCUUUUCCCCCUGAGAUGUAUUUAA